GUCACCCACAUCCAUUGUAUAUUGUGUAAGGUUAGGUUGGGUUAGAUCUUGCCUGGCAACUUAUAAAGGCACACCUGCUGUGGCAGCUUCCUUGGAAUUUGCCGUUACAUCUCCAGCCUCUGCCAAUUAGAUAAACAGUUCGCCACCCAACAAAAUCCCUCGUAAAUACAGUGUGUGGAGAGCAUUAAACAUUCAGACAACAGCAUCUGAAGUGAGUCGAACAUGAAGGUCAAGUACCAGGUCACUAUCGGCACUGGCAAAGUGUUCGGCGCUGGGACAAAUGAUCAAAUAUCCGUGAUGUUAGUGGGGUCACUUGGCAGCUCCGAGGAGGUUCGCAUCGGGAACUUGUUCCCUCUUACCCCAUCGAAGUCCUACACCAUGACACUGAAGACCAAGUCUGACCUUGGAGGCCUCCUGCUAGUGAAACUCUUCAAGAAGUUUGGAUUGUUUGAGGAUGACUGGUACUGCGGUUGUGUGAGUGUGAAAACCCCAAAUGAACUGAUCUACAACUUCCCCUGCUACAGCUGGAUGACUGAUUCCACCCCAAUGGUGAUCAUUGAAGGAGCUGCCCGGAAAAGACACGAGUUCAACUCUCCCAUCUUGGAACAAUUCUGGGUGGAUGAAAUGCAGAAGAGGCAAGAGGAUUAUCAGUGGGAUUGUUAUGCACCAGGUGUUCCACACAAAAUCCACCAUGAUAAGCUCGAGGACUUGCCGAGAGAUGCCAAGAUCCCAGUUGGAAGACCAAUGGGCAUUCUCCUCUGCAUUUCGGAGUGCUUUUCACGGCUGGCUCUGGGUGAACAGAGAUCUUCUGAAACUUGGAUUGACAGCAAAACUUCAAUCAAAAAAUAUGUGAAGGAUCAUUGGUGUGACGACUGGUGCUUUAGUUAUCAGUUCCUGAACGGAUUGGACCCCACUCUCAUCAAACAGUGUAAAGAGAUUCCAGAAAAGUUCCCCGUUACAGAGCAAAUGGUCGGCCCCUUUCUUGGGCCGAAUACCAGUCUGCAGCAGGAAGUCCAGAAAGGGAAUAUAUAUCUUGUUGACUACGAGAUGCUGGAUGGAAUUAAAGCCAAUCCGAAAGCUGGCCAUGAAUGUCUCGAAGCACCAAUGUGUCUUCUGUACGUAAAUCCAGUGAAUGAGCUACUCCCCAUUGCCAUCCAGAUCACCCAGAAGCCUGGGCCGAUAUUUCUCCCGAGCGACAGCAAGUGGGAUUGGCGUCUGGCCAAGAUGUGGGUCCGGAAUGCUGACGUCCAGGAGCACCAGCUGGUCUCACACUUGCUCAGGACACACCUGUUUGGCGAAGUCUUUUCCAUCGCAACUUUACGCAGUCUUGCAAGCUCACACCCGAUAUUCAAGCUUUUGAUGCCUCAUGUGAAAUAUACUUUGCACAUCAAUACUGCAGCAAGGAACAGCCUUAUCUCCGAGGGAGGCGUCUUUGAUCAGGCAUUCUCCUCCGGAGGGACUGCCAUCGUGGAGGUCCUGCAGCAUGGUCUGGAGCGCACUACCUACGAAUCUAUGUGUCUCCCAGACAAUCUGGCUGCUCGAGGAGUUGAAAAAAUCCCCAAUUAUUACUUCAGAGAUGAUGCUCAGAAGAUCUGGCUGGCCAUCAACAAGUUCACGGAAAACAUUGUUGACCUAUACUACAAGAACGACGCGAGUGUCGAGAUUGAUGCUGAAAUUCAAGCCUGGGUGAAUGAGAUCUACACCAAAGGAUUUUUGGCCAACCCAUUGUCAGGCUUCCCUUCAUCAUUCCACUCCAAGACUGAACUCAUCAAGUUCCUAACCAUGGUCAUCUUCACCUGUACAGGACUACACUCAGCAGUAAACCUUGGACAGCACGAGUGGAGCGCCACUUUAGAAAACUGCCCUGCCAUUAUGAUGAAGCCUGCACCUACUGAAAAGGGCAAAGUCACCGAAGAAGAUAUCGAAGAGACUUUGGCACGGGGAAGUGAAAGUCGCGCAGUAUUUAUAACCACGUUUCUGCUCGGUCAACCAGCUCACGAUACCACCAUCCUGGGCAUGUACACGGAGCAGCGCUUCUUUGAGGCAGUGGCAAAAGCACACAUCGAAGACUUCGAGAAAGCCCUGCUGCAGAUCGAGCGGGAAAUUACAAAGAGGAACCAGGACAUUUGCCUGCACUACACCUAUCUCCAGCCCAGUUUGAUUGACAAUAGUGUGGCAAUCUAAACAUGCCAUUGCACCAUCACCUAACUGCUUCCCGCUUUGUGCCUAGAUUAACAUUAUAAUUGCAAAACCUUUAUUGCCAAAUUAAACCAACUAAUCUCCCCCCUAUCCAAUUAUCCCCUCUGAUCCUCAGCAACACUCCUACUCUGCCUGCAAGGAGGAACAUGCUUGCUUUCCCCUCUCCCAUGCACUCUCUCCUUCUCCAGACACUGCCAGCCAUGGCAGCGUUCCUGGGUUUUGUUUCACGUAUAUAGCUUCUGCAUUUUGAGAAAUUGAAGCUCAAAUCGUUUUUUUUUUAUUGAUCAAAAUGAAAUAUAAAUGUCAAAGUUG